AAACAAAAUAAUACUUUUUAUUUAUUUUUGAGCACUGCAAACUACAAUCAUAAAAAUAACAAUAUGAAUAAUAAACACUCUUAAUUACUGGUAAACUUUUCAAAAACAUGAUAUCAUACGACACCUUCAUAUAGACAGAGAACGUUGUAUUAAUUCCUAUAAACUAGUAGUAUUAAUAUAAUAGAAGGUGUUUUCGACUAUCAGCCUAUCAAUCAGAGACAAUAUUUGCGAUGAGCUAUCCUAUUGGUGUUGUAGAUAAGUUACGAAGAGUUAUUGGGUAUCCUAGAAGUAUAACUAUCCAUUGAACUGGUUUUUCGACACAUUUUGCAGAACCGAAAUGAGUGUUAAAUGAAUAAGAUACUAAACUUAAUUCUAUCAUAUGUUGUACAACAUUAUCUCCCCUUAAUAAUUUACUUAAAUCUACAAAGUUUCCUUUUCAACUCUAGAAUCAUCCUUCAAUGUCCCGAAAACAAAAGGAAAGAAUAAUUCGCCUGGUGAAUUGGUGCUCCUUAAUUCCAUCGAAACGUUGUUUACUAAUAUACGUCUGACUAAUGUGAUACUGUGAAAAACGAAUCAGGAUGUAUUUAACCAACAGGAAACACGUAUUAUAUCCCACAAUUUAGAAUCCUGCUUCAUUUUAAUAAAGCUCGGCUGAUAAAAAAACCACCAAAAUAAUAUUUUAAAAUAUUCAAUGGGGUAGGAAAUGCAAAGGCACAAGACUUAAAUCUCGCACAGUGUUAAUCUCGCACAGUGUUAAUGAGAGAUCCAGAUAUCUGUACCAUGUCAGUGUUAAUGAGAGAUCCAGAUAUCUGUACCAUGUCAGUGUUAAUGAGAGAUCCAGAUAUCUGUACCAUGUCAGUGUUAAUGAGAGAUCCAGAUAUCUGUACCAUGUCAGUGUUAAUGAGAGAUCCAGAUAUCUGUACCAUGUCAGUGUUAAUGAGAGAUCUAGAUAUUUGUACCAUGUCAGUGUUAAUGAAAGAUCUAGAUAUUUGUACCAUGUCAGUGUUAAUGAAAGAUCUAGAUAUCUGUACCAUGUCAGUGUUAAUGAAAGAUCUAGAUAUCUGUAUCAUGUCAGUGUUAAUGAAAGAUCUAGAUAUCUGUACCAUGUCAGUGUUAAUGAAAGAUCUAGAUAUCUGUACCAUGUCAGUGUUAAUGAGAGAUCCAGAUAUCUGUACCAUGUCAGUGUUAAUGAGAGAUCUAGAUAUUUGUACCAUGUCAGUGUUAAUGAAAGAUCUAGAUAUUUGUACCAUGUCAGUGUUAAUGAAAGAUCUAGAUAUCUGUACCAUGUCAGUGUUAAUGAAAGAUCUAGAUAUCUGUAUCAUGUCAGUGUUAAUGAGAGAUCUAGAUAUCUGUACCAUGUCAGUGUUAAUGAAAGAUCUAGAUAUCUGUACCAUGUCAGUGUUAAUGAAAGAUCUAGAUAUUUGUACCAUGUCAGUGUUAAUGAAAGAUCUAGAUAUUUGUACCAUGUCAGUGUUAAUGAAAGAUCUAGAUAUCUGUACCAUGUCAGUGUUAAUGAAAGAUCUAGAUAUUUGUAUCAUGUCAGUGGUCCUAGAAACUCUGAUGCUGAAUGCCGUUAUUCUGUCUUACAAUCAUUAA